AUGGCAGGUGGCAACGAUUCAAUUCAAGUAACAUGUACCGUGGAGGAGACAACACAGCCAGCCGGAGAUGUCAAGACUCAAGAUUCGCUCCAUGUAGAGGAAUCUAAUGUAUUGCAAGCACGAAGUAUCGGCAUAUUUGGCGCUAUAUCGCUGGUCGUGAACAAGAUCGUAGGGGCAGGAGUCUUCUCUACUCCCGCAACGAUAUUCAAGCACAGCGGCAGUGUUGGCAUGGCCUUGAUUAUCUGGGUCAUUGCCGGCCUGCUCUCGACCUGUGGCGCACUUAUUAUGCUGGAGCUGGGCAUCAGCAUGCCCCGAUCAGGCGGCAUGAAGGUAUCGGCCAGCAACGCCAUCACGACAUCCUCCUAUCUGCUUAAGGCGGCAGGCGUUGCCGCAACCACCUGGCGAAUGCGCGGGUUGGCCAUUGCAGCAUCUACAUUUGCUGUAGGAAUACACACUGUGUGGCCCCGCGGAGGACGAAUGCUACAGGAUAUGCUCAGUGCAGUCAAGCUCUUUGUCUUGUUGUUCGUCGUUUGCUCUGGAUUUGCGGCCCUGGCUGGACAUCGUCAAGUGCCCGAUCCGCACAACUUUGACAUCUCGACCUCCUUCGAAGGCACUAUCAAGAGCGGAUAUAGUAUCGGCACUGCCUUAUUAAACGCCAUCUUUGCGUUCCAUGGGUACGACAAUGUCAACACGGUCCUUUCGGAGGUGAAGAACCCGGCCAGAACCCUCCGCAUCGCUCUACCCACGGCGAUGGCUCUGAUCACCGUGCUCUACAUCCUCGCCAACGUCGCAUAUGUGAGAUUUCCCUAUUCCGUCCUCUCCGCCAGUCACACAUCUAACGUUAACGUGGCCACCAAGUUUGCUGCUGUCCCCAAAGAGCAAUUUCUCCAUUCGGAGGUCACAAUCGCGGCGUCCAUGUUCAAGAACAUCUUCGGCGACUCGGCCGCGACCACCGCACUUCCAGCUCUAGUAGCCAUCUCCGCUCUGGGCCAUCUUCUCGGAAUCGCCUUUACUGUUCGCAAAGACGACAUCGCGCCCUUCCCUAACCUGGUCAUGCAGAACCGGCCCUUCCGCACCCCGAUCGUCGCGCUGUUCGUCCACCUCGGGGUGACGAUCAUUUUCAUUUGCGCGCCGCCAGCCGGGGAGGCAUUCGACUUCGUUGUGAAGUUGUCGUCCUACCCAAAUACCGUUUUAUUGACGGCCACGACGAUCGCACUGAUUAAGCUGCGUUUGGCGAAGGAAAUGGAGAACCGGCCGUUCUCCGUACCUUGGGCCAUUAUUGGGUUUUAUUUGGCGGGCAGUGUGGUACUUCUCCUCUCCUUUUUCGCCCUUGCCAUACUGGCUUUCUCCUGUCGUGUCGCUGGGGAUCCUGGCUCUUGGUGUGGUGUACUAUGGAGUGAGAUUUUUUCUGUUACCUUGGAUCUUGCGGUAUCAGCUCUAUCCCGUUGGGGUUGA